AUGUCCAAGACCUACGAUGUCAUUGUCGCGGGUGCGGGCCCCGUUGGUCUCUUUCUGGCCGGUGAGCUAGCUCUCGGCGGCGCUUCCGUGCUCGUCCUUGAGCGUGACGCCGCGCGCGGCGUGGAGUCGCCUUUCAAGGUCGCGCCCCUGGGCUUCCGAGGCGUCAACACGCUGACGCUAGAGUGCCUGUCCCGGCGCGGCCUGCUGGACACCGUCUUCCCUGCCGACAAGGCCAACCUCAAAGGCAUGAUGAAGAGCCGGGGCGGUCCAGGUGGCAAUGGCCCCGGCGGCAAAGACGGCCCGCCAGCUUCGACGCGGUUGUUCAAAAAGACCGAGGGCAUGCAGUUCGGUGGCCACUUUGCCGGCAUGUUCUUUGACGCAAACAAGCUGGACCUUGGGCGUUGGAAAUACCGUGUCAACGGGCCGGGCAUGGUGCCGGGACCAGCGACCAUGGCCACGGUGGAAGCCGUCUACGGCGAACGGGCCACACGCCUGGGCGUCAAUAUCCUGUACGGCCACACGCUUACAGCAAUUGUCGAGGGCAGCGAGGAGGGCAGCAAGUGUGUAAAGGUCGAAGCGACCGACGCGCCAGAUGACUCGACCAAGACGACCAAGACGCUUUGUGGACGCUGGCUGGUCGGUUGCGACGGCGGCCAGAGCAUCAUCCGCCGUACCGCCGGCUUCCACGUCGAGGGCUCCGAUCCCAAGCUUACGGGCUAUGCGAUGCGCUGCGACAUCACCAACGGCGACAAGCUCACGCCCGGGUUCACUGUGACCGACGGCGGUCUCUACAUUGCGGGCGCCUUUGGCGACACAGUGUACCUCAUGGACCCCGACGGCGGCGCCUUUGACCGCAGCCAAGAGCUGACCAUGGAGCACCUGCAGACCGUCCUGACCCGCGUCACGCGCGUGCCCGAGGUCAAGAUCACGGCGCUGCGCGUGGCCACGUCCUUUACGGACCGCUGCCGCCAUGCCACACACUACCGUCGGGGCCGUGUGCUGCUGGCAGGCGAUGCCGCGCACACGCACGCGACAUUUGGUGCGCAGGGCAUGAACCUGGGCAUGGGCGAUGCCAUGAACCUGGGGUGGAAGCUGGCCUCGGUCGUGCGCCAGGAGGCGGCGGCUGCAUCCACCAGCGCGGCGACCAAUACAGCGGACACGGCCCUCCUCGACACGUACGACGCCGAGCGGCUGCCGGUGGCCGCGCAGGUGCUCGAGAUGUCGCGCGCCCAGUCCAUGGCGUUCCUGCCGGACGUCUUUGGACGGUCCGUGCGGUCCCUGUUGCAGCAGACGCUCGACACGGUCGACGGGGCCAACCUGUUCAUGGGCCUGUUCUGGGGCCUGUCGCAAAAGUACGACCUCGUCCCCGCCACGGACCCGGCCCAGAAGCACCCGCUGGUCGGCCUCAGCGCACCCGAUUUUGUGCUCGACGGCAAGGACGAGAACAGCGCCGACAGCGUCCACAGCCCGCGCCUGAACCACCACCUGGCGACGGGCCACGGUUUGCUCGUCGACGUGGCCGAGGGCGGCAACGCUUCCCUCCGAGACCUUGUCGCCCCGGCCAGCGAGUACGCGGGCCGUGUCGACUACCUGGCCGCGCCAGACGUGGCGGCCAAGCGUGGCCUGCAGGCAUUCUUGGUGCGGCCGGACGGCAUUGUGGCCUGGGCGGUGGACGACGGGGCCGACAUCAACGCAGACGCCGUCAAGGCCGAGCUGGCACGGUGGUUUGCCUUUUAA